AUGUCUAGACCUCGGGAGCCACCUCGACCUGAUCUUUCCAAGACUUUCUGGACACCACCAUUCCCCUGUCAAGAAACAGGUGUCGUGAGACGAGCGCACCCGAUCCCCAAAUGGGGAGACUACAACUCCAACACUGGCCUAUAUAUCUGGCAGAUAGUAAGAUUCUGGGGACGCGUCACUCCUGCUUACGCAUCGAAGAUCAAACGCGCGCUGGCAGGCAUGUGGUAUGGUGUUGAGAACGACCCACGCUGCAAUCACUGCGAGAAGAAGGAUCGCUUUUGUACACGAGUGACGACCGACGUUCGUGGUGUCACAAUAUGUGCAAGAUGUCUGAUAAGACCAGAGAGUCACUGUUCCUUUGCCAAUGGGGACAAGAGGAAUCUCAGUGCCACGAAUGCGGUUAGCGGUAACGGAGAUGAAAAUAAAGCAAGGGAAGGCUCAGACGAUGAAUCUCUUGCGAGAUGGCACAAAAGGCUUAAAGAAGCAGAGGAACAACGGGCAUGCCAGAAGCCUGUAAAGAGCCAUGGAAGGCGAAGGCUCAUUGUUCAGGAUGAUUCAGACGAUGAUCUCCCUGUCAAAACCGUCCUAGACCGUCGCAGAGCCAACGGUCGGCAUGAGGUUAACACCGCAGAGGCACCAUCAGAUGGCCUACAAUCACCUUCGUUGUCUUCCCUCUUCGGCACUCCAUCCGGAACGUCUCCUGUCUCAAGACCGACAACACCUCCUGGCAAUCAGGCGCUCCUCUUGAAAGACGGUUCCAAUAGCGGGCCCGUUGACAAAGGCAGGGGAGGGCAUGGGAGUAGAGGCGGCUACUUUGGCGCCCAGGGUCCCACCGAGGGACCUCCGAUCAACGCCCCCAAGGAACCUAGAGCGAUGCGUGAGGUUGUCUCCAACAGAACCAGCUAUCCAGCAGGAGGAAAAGCUCAGAUCGAAGAAUGUCUGUGUGCUCUAGAGGCCGAGAACAAUCGAUACCGGGCUGAACAGGGUUUGGGCCGAGACCGCAUUGUACAGCUCGAAGAACAGAUCAGCCUCCUUGGACAACAACAAGACCAUAAGCUCAAGCAAGCGAUACUUGAUAUCAGGGAGAUGGUGAACCAUGCCAUCAACCAGAUGAUAACGCGAUGA